AGGGAACCUGCAAUCGCGUGUCGCAGAUCUUAAAGGAAAUCUUCACACGACGGCACCGCAAAUUUAACUUACAUUGCCUGGCUGGCGGGGUUGGUCUACUUUUGGCCCAACACAUUCAGCUGUCAGGCUGGACCGCGCGUUGACAGAGCACGAAAAGGCCGACUUAGUGAUACGACACCUUCACCGUCCCACUCGCCCUUCGUUGUGACUGUUUAGCCCUCCUCCUGCACUGGUUUAAGCUCAACGCUGCAAGCAUGCCCAAAAUCCCGGUGAUGUUGCGUGCUGCCACGGAGGAUGAUAUGGCCAGCGUGAGCGAGAUACAUAGACACUAUGUUCAGAACACCGUUGUCACAUUUAGCAUCGAUCCCCUCAGCGUUGAACAGCAUGUGGAAAACUUGAAGAAAGUUCAGAACCAGUCACUACCAUACAUUGUAGCCGUGACCGAAAAUUCAACGGUGGUGGGGUACAGCUAUCUGACCGGUUUCCGCAGCGGGAAGGGCGGAUACCGACAUACCGUUGAAUUGUCCGUAUUCUGCCACCCGGACUAUCUGUACAAAGGAAUUGGGACACAGUUGCUGAGCAAGAUCAUUGAGGUAGCUUCGAAGCCCGGCGAGAAUGCGGAGUUCGCGACCGGCGUGCGACCUGAGGACAGAAGAGUCCGUCAUAUCAUCGCUUGCAUGGCGGUUAACACAGACAGCAAAGAGGAAGGACUUGGAUUGAAAAGGUAUUACGAAGGCUUUGGCUUUGUUUUGAAUGGCCAUUUAAAAGAAGUUGGGUACAAACUGGGGAGAUGGGUUGACACCAUGUAUCUACAAAAGACCUUGUGGUGAUUAGCUCACGCCGAACCACAAGGUCUACAACCCUUACGGCAGUUACCAUCCAAGGCAAGAAUGGCCUCAUUAGCUGUGUCAACUUUGGCCGUAGUGCUCAAGUCUGUAUAUUGGUCCUCUGCGAG